AUGGACGUUUCUGUUCACCAAUCAGAGGCAAGUGUUGCUCCGAGCCCGCCUCUCGCAGCCGCCGCGCACGCGCACUCGCCACAGGCUGAGGCGGAGACGACGCGUGGACCCGGCCGCCUGCGUGGAGGGGGAGGAGCCCGCGCGGCCAUGAAGGCCUCCGGGGAUGACCUGCCGUCCGCACCCGCUCUGGGCGGCCCGCGGGCCCAGGUGUCUAUCAUCCUUCCAGUCCACAAUGCUGAACGUUGGUUGGAUGAAUGCUUGAGAUCUGUUUUGCACCAGGACUUUGAAGGUACCAUGGAGCUGUCCAUUUUCAAUGAUGCCAGUAAGGACAAGUCUAUGACUGUCAUUGAAACAUGGAAAAUAAAGUUAGAAGAUUCUGGUAUCCUGGUGGUCAUUGGAGGCCACGAUUCUCCUUCUCCCCGAGGAGUUGGAUAUUCUAAAAAUCGAGCGAUAGCACAGAGCUCAGGGACUUACCUUUGCUUCCUGGAUUCAGAUGAUGUGAUGAUGCCAGAGCGGGUAAGGCUGCAACUUGAAGCUGCUGCUCAGCACCCCUGCAGUAUUAUCGGCUGCCAGGUGAUGAGAGAACCCCCCGACUCCACUGAAAGGUACACGCGCUGGAUCAACCAGCUGUCCCCUGACCAGCUUAUCACCCAGGUUUUCACCUCACACGGCCCCACAGUGAUCAUGCCCACCUGGUUCUGCUCCAGAGCAUGGUUUUCCCAUGUAGGCUGGUUUGAUGAGGGCGGGCAGGGCGUGCCCGAGGACCUGCUGUUCUUCCAGGAGCAUCUUCGCAGGGGCGGCCACAUAGUCCGUGUAGACCACAGCCUCGUCCUCUACCGCUACCAUGCACAGGCUGCCUCACACACAGUGCUUGAGGGUACCAUCUGGACCCUCCGUGUCCGCUUCCUAGAAGAAAGGGUGCUUCCCCACUGGACGGCCUUCACCAUCUGGAAUGCUGGCAAGCAGGGGCGGCGGCUCUAUCGCAGCCUGGGAGCCGCCAACCGUCAGAAGGUUGUAGCCUUCUGUGACAUUGAUGAACGCAAAGUCAAAAAGGGUUUCUACUGCUACGAGGAUUCCCAGGAGAGGCCCAAGCCCCGGGUUCCGAUCCUGCACUUCCGAGAUGCCCAGCCUCCCUUCAUCAUCUGCGUGAAGCUGGACCUCACUGGGGGCGUGUUUGAGGACAAUCUUCAGUCCCUGCACCUGCAGGAAGGACAAGACUUCUUCCACUUCAGCUGA